UGUGCGCACUGGUAUUCGCGCAUUGGCAAGCAUGGCGACCCGAGGGAGAGCGUUUUUCAUGUUCAUCGAGAAAAUGCCGUUAAAACUUUAACGAUCCCGAGCAAUUUCGGAGAAUUUCAUACUCUAAGGGGCAAAAAUGAGUGGGAAAGUCUACUGCGGGCGUUUGCCUGCGACUGCUACGGAGAAAGAUUUGGAAAAUUUAGUGAAGGUAUUUGGAAAAGUUCGUGAGGUGGAUUUCAAAGAGGGAUACGCGUACGUCGUGUUCAAGGAGAAUAAAGACGCUGAUCGCGCUGUCGCCGCCUUGAAUAACUCCGAGUUCCACGGAGCUAAGAUCUUAAUGGAGAAAGCCAAGGAGAUGCGAAAUGGAGUCGGCGGCUAUACUGCCGCCGGUGGUUACACCGCCAGAACGCGUCAAAUGGGACCGCCUGUGCGGUCAGAGUUUCGUGUCAUCGUAGAGAACUUAUCAACCCGGGCAAAGUGGCUUGAGUUAAAGGAGUUUAUGAACAAUGCUGGGGAGGUUUGCUAUGCUGAUACCCAUAGGAGAAGACCAGGGGAGGGGGUGGUUGAGUUUACCACAGAGGAAGAUAUGAAACGCGCCAUUGCAUCCCUGGAUAAGUGUGAGUUCUAUGGGAAAAGGAUCAGGUUGAGGCAAGAACUCCCAAGAUCAGGGACCUCUAAAUCUAGGUCAAGGUCACCAUCUGGUCGCAAAUCAAGAUCUCGAAGUCCAAGGAAAAGGUCGCGUAGUCCAAGGAAGAUGUUGCGUAGUCCAAGGAAGAGAUCUCGUACUCCAAGGAAGAGAUCGCGUAGUCCAAGAAAAAGAUCACGAAGUCCAAGAAAAGGAUCACAUACUCCCAAGAAACGGUCAAGGUCACCACGGCGCAAUUCCCAGAGGCACAAAGAAAGAUCAAGAUAUCACCGGUCCAGAUCAAGGAGCAGGCAUCGGAGGUCAAGGUCCAACUCACCCUCCAUGAGAAAGUCUGAUAGGAAAUUCAAGAAGUCUCAGAGAAAAUCUCGGUCAAGGUCACGGAAUAGAUCAAGAUCACAUUCUAGAAAGAGGUCCAGAUCUAGUUCAAGGUCUAAAUCCAGGAAAAAGUCUGGAAGCAGAUCUAACUCCCAAUCCAAGCAGAAAUCAAGGUCUCGUUCAAGAUCUAACUCGCAAUCAAGAAAAAAAUCUAGUUCCAAAAAAUCCAGAUCUCGGUCAAGAUCUAUCUCGCAGUCAAGAAAAAAAGUUAAAUCCAAGAAAUCUAGAUCUCGUUCACAUUCUAACUCUCCGUCAAGAAAAAAAGCUAGAUCAAAAAAGUCCAGAUCUCGCUCACUAUCAAAGUCAAAGAAAAGAAGAUCCAGAUCUCCGAUAACAAAAAAGGAAUCAAAUUCAAAGAGACACUCCCACUCUCGCUCCAUGUCUCCUGAUAGUAUAAAGGAAAAGAGGUCGCAAUCUAUUUCAAGCUCAAGUCCCUAAAGUGAUCUUAAUUAAUUCCUAAUUCUUGACUUUAUGGCCAUUUCCAUGGUUUUCUGUGGUGAUGAGACAUUUUUUUUUUACAGUCAAUCUCUUCGCUUGGUAAAACUUUCUGCCUAAAACCCACAAAAAAGGUUAGAUGACGUUUGCCAGAAGAUUGUUUUUUUACAUGUUCCACUGACAUUCUUCGGAAAUGGAACGAAAACAAACUUGAAGCUAGCCUAUGUAUGUCGAACAAUCAUUAACUUUGUAAAUUACUGGGCACUAACAAACUAAUUUUAGCAUGUUUUGUACAUACAGUAUGCAUCCUAUGAAUUACAGGCUGUCAAUUUUAUAUGGUGUGGGUUGAAAGUUUCUGGCUGUUUUGCUUGAAGUUACAAUAUAGUGCUAUUGUUCACAACAAACAAUCAAAGCUUUCCAAAGUUAUAUUUGUAUGUGUUAUGUUUUGUAACAAUUUAAUCAGACAUUUUUCACUUAGAGAGCCUUUUAGUUUUGCAUUGUAUAGUUGCCAUAGCAAUAGCAUUGUGUAAAAGAACUGUAGAUAAUACCCUUACCUUACAGACUGUGUAGUUUUCUUAGUGUUAAGAUGUGCUCUUCAUAUAUAAAAGGAUGAAUAUUGAAAGUA